ACGUGAUCUUCAACGUGUCAUGUGACCUGAGGUGGGUGGGGAAAACAUGACAGCUGGGGUCAGCAUUUUUGCCUUUUCUGUUGUAUGUUUAUUUAGCGUUUUAGUUAUUUUAUCACGUGUUUACGUCGACUGUCAGCUCACUGAUGCUCAGUUAUGCCACAUGUGUGAAGGAGCUAUACAGAACCACAGCGCUGUGUGGAGGUUCUGCCUAUCAGAAGGCAGGAUUGAGGGUCGGUGCUGUUUACAGGAUGAAGAGGAAAACAUUCUGGGGCUGGAUUUAUCUAAUUGUUCUCUGAGUCAAGUGGAGGAUCUCCAUGUAGCUUCUGCUGCAGUUAUCGUAGACCUCUCAAGCAACCCUAUUUCCAACAUGAGUGAUUUUAUAUUCCAAGGUUUUAAUUAUCUCAGCCAUCUUAUACUGCCCAUAAAACUGGACUGUCCUGGUGGCAACACAUCAUGGGACAGAGUGGACGUUAACCAUGAUACCCGGCUCUGUGAAGGACAGAGGAAUGCCUGCAAUCAAACUGGGCAGAUGUCCUUGGAUUGUCCCGAGAACUCUAUCUGCAUGCCUUAUGGGCCAGGAUUCGUUCAGUGCAGCUGUACCCACAACUUCCAUGGAUACAAGUGCCUACGAGAGGGCCAUUUUCCUAUGCUGGAAGUCAUGGCAGUAUUAGGUGGGUCCACAGUUGUUGUUUCAAUGUUACUAUGGAUCACCCAAAGGCGAAAAGUAAAAGGCACUUGAGUUCUUGCGUCAUCUGGGAGCUGGAAGAAAGCUGUAAGAAACACUGAACAAAACACAUUGUGUCAAAGGGAUACAAUGUCUGAAUAGAGAAAUGCAUUCUAUACAGUUCUUUGUAUAGCCACUAAUAUUGGCACUCUUGGUAAUGUGAGCAGAGUAUUUUUCUGAAUUGUUUUAACAAAAGAUCAAAAGGUUAAACAAUAAAGAAUUUUUCACAGCCUUCUUUGCUAAUAUUUACCAACAGUGCCAAUAUUAGUGGAGGGCACUGUAUGUGUGUGUGUGUGUGUGUGUGUGUGUGUGUGUGUGUGUGUGUGUGUGUGUGUGUGUAUAUAUAUAUAUAUGUAUUUUUGAGUUUAAGAUUGAUCUGUUUUCAACAAAAACAGACUUUGCUCUAAGCACAUGAUCAGGUUGGAAGUUCAGUCUUUUAGAAGCUGGUCUUCAGUGAAUAACAGACACAUUAAUAAACUGCAUGGUAUGCAUUAUACAGGUAUGCUGAACACUGGGAGGAAUUGUCCUUUGGAUUGUAGGUGUAUGCUGUGGCAUGUAGUAAAUAGUGGCCAAGGGUUUUAAGUCAAAAUGACUAGAUUUCUUUUGAGGCUCAUCAGUUCUACUGAAUAGUGAAAAUUAAGAGUCAUUGAUGACCACAGAGUUGCAAAUUGCAGGAAUGGUAUAAUAUACACAUGGCAAGUGUUGUGUGAAGUUCAGAGAUUGUCUCCUUUGUGCGUCUUUUAAACCAUUUGUCUACUCGGCCAAAAAUAUAUACUGAAUAAAUAUUUUAAAGUGUACCAUGCCCCUACAUUUACGUCUCUGGCUGUUAAUGACUGUUAUGUGACAUUAAGUUUUUAUCAUCACAUACAGUACUUUAGAGAGGGGCAUUGGUAGUCUUUUGGAUUAUACCACAUAUGAUGUCAGUUAACCUUACUACUGAACUUGGAUGACUAGAAACAGUUGGGCAUUUUUGCAUACAUUUUCUCUCAUUUGUUGUGAAAUACUGUAUAUAUGAAUAAACUUUUACUGGGUACAAGUAAUUACACCAAAAUAAUGAUUUUGUUAUUGGCAUAUGUUCUCAUUGUUUAGUCACCUUAAAAUAUACAUCAAAAUGUCCAAGAACCUCACAAAGACAAAGGUGCUAAAACUUAGAAUGUUACAUUUAUGAAUAACAGUCAACUUUUUUUUUUUCCCCUCAAAUAGUGUCGUUGUCGUGUGCAACUGGCAUUAUGUAGUGUAUGUCCUCACAAGUAAUUGCGAUGUUACUAGGAAGAUAUGGAAUGUGCGUAGGCUAAUGCCGUGUUAAAAAUAAAUGCUGUAAGAAAUUACAAAACUUAA